CGGAUUUUUGAAGGUUGGUAUACGUCGUUAUUGCAAUGGCUACCAACAGUCAGAUUUGGCGAGUUCGCAGUCUGAAAGCCCAUGGAAUCGUAAUACUGUUAGUCUUGGACCUUUGUUUACAAUGUGUGACCGGGUACCUUAGUUCUCCACACGUUGGCCAGGAGCCCCCUUACAGCCGAGAUGCUCAACCAGUCAUCACCAGUCCGGUGGUUCCUGCUCCGUCGUCUGCAUCUCCCACAGAUUCAGACAGCUAUGCUUCCAAAUGCCCUAGUGGGGGUGAAUGCAAAAGACUGCCCGCUGACUGCAUCAGCUGUAGCUAUCACCACAACUGUAGCUAUGGCAAACCUGCUUCUUUCUCUUGCAAGUCCAAGAAAGGAGUCCACUGUACAGGGGAGUCGGGGCAGCAGCAGAAGAAUUUCUCUCUUUCCGUCACGUGUCAGUUCUGUUGGCAGCUGGACCCAUCUCAGUACCGAUGCUCCAACCCCACCAAAUGUAUGACAGUAGCCUGUCCUCGCAAACGCUACAACGCCACCUGCCAAGUACUGGACCACGUGCACUGCCUGGGUAAGAGAGUAUUUCAGAAAGGUUUGUACUGCAACUGGACAGGAGGGUACAAGUGGUCUACAGCUCUGGCACUCAGCAUUACCCUGGGUGGAUUUGGGGCUGACCGAUUCUAUCUGGGCCAAUGGAGAGAGGGUCUGGGCAAGCUGUUCAGCUUUGGAGGCCUGGGCAUCUGGACCUUGAUCGAUGUCUUACUGAUCGGUGUGGGCUACGUGGGGCCGGCCGAUGGCUCCCUCUACAUCUGAAACCUGGGGAUCAUGCUCGCUCACUCGCUCCAGAAGUCUGUGCGUGGAAGGGUUGAUGCCCUUGCCAAUUCAGCUCAGACUGCCUGAUCCAGGCCAUGGAGAUGCCACCCCACUAUCACACUGUCUGCCUGCCUAAACUCCCACUGUCUGCAACAGACUGACUUCCUCUCUCAUCUGCCACCGGUGGAGUGUUGCUGUCAGCCUCGUCAGGUCCGCCUCUUCAUAGACGUGUCAGAUCAUCAAGCCCCCUCAUGUUUUACUGAGACUAAUAGAAAAUGCACCGGGCAUAGCAUUUUGGAGUGGUAUGGUUGAUUUAUUUUGAUAUGGUGAUGGGGAGGUAGCCACUGUUGAAUGCAUGGAACUGUACGCUAAUCAGGACUGAGCUUUACGCUGAGAUGUUAUUUUUACAAGGAGUAGAUGUGUGAAAAUGUUCUUUGGAAAUGGAAGCGGACACAACGAUGUAGGUUCACAAGUUUAAACUGUGCUAUAAAAAGCUAGUAUCAUCAGUGUUUUCUAGGUGUUCUAGUGUGUGUGAAAUUCUUGGUCACACUUUUCAGCAUUCAACAUUUUGGUGCAUAUAUAAAUAAAAUGGGUUUACUUCAGGCCCCUUUGACCAUCUUUGGUAUUUCAUAUUCAAUAUGGUGGUAAUUAGGGCAGGGCCAUAUAUGGUGUAAGGAAACAAGUACCACCUCGUGAAAACGGUUUUAUUUGGUAUUUGGAGAGUUGAUAUUCAUUUAAACAAUAUUGACAGAUAAUAGUAAUUCAAUAGAACAAAAUUCCUGAAUGACACCUAAUUACUUAUCUAACAAAAAUACAACAAAUGCAUUUCAGUGUGCUGAAAGAUAGUAGAGGGUAUUUUGUACAGAUUUAUUUUAAAAUGGACCAACAUCUCUGCAUGCCCCCCAAAAAACACUUUAAAUAACCUGUCCAACAGGAUACAUUUUUUUUGUGUCCCACAUAGCUGCCAAUUGUUUGUGGCUAAUCACUAAGCCUUAAAGGUUAUCUUCCAUAUCCAGUGCUUGAGAAUGUGGCUGCACAAAUUGGUCAUCUAAACAGCUGCUGAAAAUAUGUUCAUGUUUCGGAGGUAUGACACCGGUUUUUCGGGUUGGAACACUGUAAUGACAAUGAUGUAUGUUUUUUUUUUAAUGUAAUUAUUAAACAAGUAAAAUGUUGA